GCGCUGUAUAGUUUUCCUCGUGAUCACCCUGCGCUCGUGUAUCCCUUUCGACGCCGUCAACCAUGGCGAAAGCAGCAGCUAAACCGACAUCAAGUGGAGGAGGAAAGUCUGCCAAGAAGAAGAAGUGGUCCAAGGGCAAGGUCAAGGACAAGGCCCAGCACGCCGUCACCCUCGACAAGCCUUUGUACGACCGUAUCUUGAAGGAAGUCCCGACCUUCCGUUUCAUCUCCCAAUCUAUCCUGAUUGAGCGUCUCAAAAUCAACGGCUCUCUUGCCCGUGUGGCCAUUCGCCACCUCGAGAAGGACGGACAGAUCAAGCCCAUUGUGCACCACUCGGCGCAGCUUAUCUACACACGAGUAACUGGCGGCUCCGACUAGAUGUCUCUUCCACCUCAUGUUACUAUGCCCCAUGUAUACGCAUAAUCCACUCAUGCUGCGCAAAAUCUCAUUCAUCCUCUGAACUUCUGCUGCACUGGAACGAGUUCGUAUGAGGGUGCAGCACACUGGUCUCUUCUGUAACUCAUGUAAACCGACCAUUAGUGCACCUGAAUGCGUAGGGAUGCGACUACUUCGUUUUUUGUCGACGCCUCUACAGAGCGACUGAACGUGCUAAUACCACGUAUGUAGCGCGUUUCAAUGCCGGGCUGCCGAUGGGCAUCACCCUGUGCGAUCCUUCCGCGAGUUCUAAGCCCCGUGUCACUUUCACUUUCAUCUCGACGAUCGCGCACCCGCUCCAUUAGCUCGAUGUGUUCUUCCUACCCCUGUGCAUACUCGGACACGGUCCCUGCAUCAGCGCGAAGGGGACCUCGGUGGUUACCAUCCUGCUCGCAUCCCAUGGCUUGCGUUUCAGCCCUAAUACCGGAAAUUAGACAGCGAUUAUCUCAUCGGCAGUCGCGAAUCGAAGAAAAAGCUUUUUGCAUCGAAAUACCCACUGCUCAGCGUACUAGCAUGUCCUCGAACAUUGUGUCAAGUUCCUGCAACCUUGCGUAAUCCUGGAAUAUCGGGUCAACAUCGCGAGUAGGACUCAACAAGAGAUCGCACCCCGGAGACCGAGGGAGCCGCAACAACCAGUGCUUGGCAUACAUCUUGCAGUUUCUGUCGUCCUCCAAAUCGGUCAGGGGCCUAGAAUUUUGGAAGCAACCGGAAGUCUCACUUGGAUCGUCGGGUGUUCCCGAUUCCACUAGUGACACCCAGCAACGUGCCACGGCAGCUAGAAUUGUUCCUUUCCAAUGCUCCAUCCGUUCGGCGCACGCCGUGAUGAGAGUAGCCAAAGCACGCAGUGACACGAUCUGCAACUCCACCGAACUGCUUCGAUAUCCGCUGGGAUUUAACGGAUAGACCAGUUGCGCGAUAAGAACCUGCUCGUAUAGGUGAAACUCGCAGGGAAAGGUGGCGGCUGCGACAGAACCUUGAGAUAACGAGCGCAGCCCACUCCUAGUGCUUCGAAAAUGGGAGGCAGUGCGUCCACGGAAGCAACCAAGGCAUCGAGUUUGUCACUAGCGUAUGGCCAGAUGCUCGCGAUGAUUCCAUCCCCCAGCAGAGCAGAGAGCUGAUCAAAGCGUUGCACCGAGCCGAUCGAGGUGGUCUCCUCAAUAAGAGCCAGUGAAACAUAGACCGUGGUAGGAAUGAGUUCACGGGUCUGAGGACGGUCAAAUGAAGUGAGUGCCUUCUGGAAAGACUGCCGGGUGUUGGUAUGUGAGCCCUGACUGCCACAAACAAACGACUGACCACGGAGAGUAAACCAUCGACACCUGUCCGCUUCAAGAGGGAGCCGGGAACGCGUUUCAGCAUUUCAGACGCGAUCCGCACACCCUCCAGUUUAUAUCGUGCCUCAUAAUCGUCCAGCAAUAUCAUCAAUGGUGGAAUGACCAGAUGCCACACUUGGUCGUAUGCUUCCGUCUAUCGCAGUUUCAGCGUGAGCGGACGUGCGCCAUCUCAAGGAUGCGAUUCGUCAUUACCGGAAUGUUCUCUACACACCACAAGAUUGUACGCGCAGCCCCGGGAUGGUCCUUCCAGUGUUGUGACUCGAAGAAGUCUUGAGACGCGUUCGGGCCGCCCGCGGAACGUGCAAGCUUCCGUCCCGUCUCUGCGUUCAUUUCGGGAUGUGGGUUAGAGCGGAACAACGGUCGUAUGUUAUUUUGCAGGAUGUGGGUCACGAGUGUCAGAGGAGGAUCCAUGAAUCUAUGUAAGAUAUCUACAACACGCGGGUAGUACGUUCGUGGGCGGGUAGGAAUUGGAUAUCACCCACUUUGAGCCAAUUCUUGCGAUGGAAGUUCCGUCCAUUCCGAAUCCCCAUCUAAGGGUGCUACUGCAGCCACGAUAUCAGCUUGCUCGUCCAGCGACAGGUCGGUGCUCUGUUCGAUGCGCGUAUUGAGUUCUUGAAGGAUGCGUAGCGUGUCAUUCUUCCACACUUGAAGACGCGUCACAAGCUCGAUCUCUGAUGUUUCAGACAGUUCUUUGUAUUCUCCAGGAACUUUGAGUUGCACAAGGAGAGAAGAGAGGGUCAUGAUCGUCGCGUCGCGAGGGUCACCGGUAUUGAUUGGCACUUGAAAUCAAAUCAGCUGAUGGAAGUCAGCACAGCCCAUGAUGAGCUGACAAAGCUACAUAGUUUACACGUGAACAAGGCAGGCGGCAAUCCCAAAAUCCCUUCGUCCUUCCUCAAGACAUCGCUGCAUAAAUGGGUCGGGUUAUUCGAGCACAGAGGCGGUCGCACACCAUCUUCAAAGCGCACACGCACUUGAACAAGAACCCGGCGCAGCUCCGUAACCUCGACUUCGCUGAGCGCAACGGCUACAUCCGCGGUGUCGUUCGAGAGAUCAUCCACGACUCCGGACGUGGUGCUCCCCUUGCCCGUGUCGUCUUCCGGGAUCCGUACCAGCACAAGCUCCGCAAGGAGACCUUCAUCGCCACUGAGGGUCUGCACACCGGUGCCUUCGUCUACUGCGGAAAGAAGGCGACUCUCUCUGUCGGCAACGUUCUUCCCGUCGGUCAGUGCCCUGAGGGUACGAUCAUCUGCAACGUCGAGGAGAAGGUCGGUGACCGUGGUGCCCUUGCCCGCACCUCUGGUGCCUACGCUACCAUCAUUGGCCACUCGCCCGAUGACAACAAGACCCGUCUCCGUCUGCCCUCCGGCGCCAAGAAGACCGUCUCUGGAUCUGCCCGUGCAACUGUCGGUAUCGUCGCUGGUGGUGGACGUAUCGACAAGCCCUUGCUCAAGGCGGGUCGCGCAUACUACAAAUUCAAGGCCAAGCGUUACAACUGGCCCCGUACUCGUGGUGUGGCUAUGAACCCCGUGGACCACCCCCACGGUGGUGGUAACCACCAGCACAUCGGAAAGGCGUCCACGAUCUCGCGCCAAGCCGUUCCCGGUCAAAAAGUCGGUCUCAUUGCUGCCCGGAGGACUGGUCUUCUGCGUGGUACCGUCAAGGUCAAGGAGGUUUAAGCGGUGGAUGGGCGUUUGGGCUCGUCUGUUUCUUCUCCUUAUCUACAUUUUUCAUGCAUCCUACCUUCCAAAAUGUAUGCCAUGCCGCCCGCGACAAUGAUAUGCU